GAUUUGGUGAAUUGCUGCGCCGUGGUGAGAUCGUCUUUGUUGAGAAAAAAUGUCGACGCGAAAAAGGUUUUAAUCCAUUAGUCAGAAAGUCUGGCAUUCUUUGUUUGUUGGAUAAAAAAGCGCAAUUAUUUGCCAGCGAGCCAGUUAAGUGCGCGCCAGCAGCGGAAUUAUGUAAAGCCCAGGAAACUGCCAAUUGCAACAGGAGAACUGCAGGACUGACAGGGAAAAAUAGCUAAACACUGGGCUGGUUGCUCUCCACUUGGUGGGCCCCACGGACGUAAAAAGCGGACGUACGCAAAGUGAAACUGCGAACGAGCAAAGUGAAAGCAAAACAGAGACAGACACGGCGAGAGAGACGGAAACAGCGAAACAAACUGCCAGAGAGGAGGAGCAACUGCAUCAUCUGCGAUGGACAAUUGCGACCAGGAUGCCAGCUUCCGGCUGGGCCAUCAGAUCAAGGAGGAGGUCAAGCCGGACAUAUCACAGCUGAACGACAGCAAUACCAGCAGCUUCUCGCCCAAGGCCGAAUCGCCCGGGCCCUUCAUGCAGGGCAUGUCCAUGGCGCACGUCCUGCCCGGCAAUAACUCGAAUAACAAUAACAGCUCCGGAGUUCAGGAUCAGUUGGCGCAGGCGCCCAAUUCAGCUGCAGCCGCUGCCGCCGCCGCUGUGGCUGCCGCCUCGGCCAUCCAGCAACAGUAUCCGCCGAAUCACCCGCUGAGCAACUCCAAGCACCUGUGCUCCAUCUGUGGCGAUCGGGCCAGUGGCAAGCACUACGGUGUGUACAGCUGUGAGGGGUGCAAGGGCUUCUUUAAGCGCACGGUGCGCAAGGAUCUCACAUACGCGUGCCGCGAGAACCGCAACUGCAUCAUCGAUAAGCGGCAAAGGAACCGCUGCCAGUACUGCCGCUACCAGAAGUGCUUAACCUGUGGAAUGAAACGCGAGGCUGUCCAGGAGGAACGUCAGCGUGGUGCCCGCAACUCUACCGGCCGGCUGAGUGUCGGUGGAGGCGGUGGUACCCCGAGCUCUGUAGGAGGAGCUUCCUCCGUGGGUGGAGGUCUGGGCAGCGGUAACGGCUCCGAAGACUUCAUGGCCAAUAAUGUAUCCCGGGACUUUACCAUCGAACGGCUGAUGGACGCGGAACAGCGUGCCGAGGCGCACUGUGGCGAUCGAGCGCUGUCUUUCCUGCGAGUGGGACCUAAUUCCACCGUCCAGCCGGACUACAAGGGCGCCGUGUCCGCUCUGUGCCAAGUUGUGAACAAGCAGCUCUACCAGAUGGUCGAGUACGCGCGCAUGAUGCCACACUUUGCCCAACUGCCGCUGGACGAUCAGGUCAUCCUGCUGAAGGCCGGCUGGAACGAGCUCUUGAUCGCCAAUGUCGCCUGGUGUAGCAUCGUGUCGCUGGAUGACACCAUGGGCGGUGGCGGAGGAGGCGGUGGACUCUCGCAUGACGGCUCCUUCGACAGAAGAUCACCGGUGCUGCAGCCCCAGCAGCUCUUUCUCAACCAGAGCUUCUCGUACCAUCGGAACAGUGCGAUCAAGGCCGGCGUAUCGACCAUCUUCGACAGAAUCCUAUCGGAGCUGAGCGUUAAGAUGAAGCGCCUGAAUCUGGACCGACGCGAGCUGACCUGCCUGAAGGCGAUCAUCCUGUACAAUCCGGACAUACGGGGGAUCAAGAAUCGGGCCGAGAUUGAGAUGUGCCGGGAGAAGGUGUACGCCUGCCUGGACGAACACUGCCGGCAGGAGCAUCCCGGCGAUGAUGGACGCUUCGCCCAGCUACUGCUGCGACUGCCAGCACUGAGAUCCAUUAGUUUGAAGUGUUUGGAUCAUUUGUUCUUCUUCCGCAUCAUCAGCGAUCGGCCGCUGGAGGAGCUGUUCAUUGAGCAGCUGGAGGCCUCUCCGCUGCCAGGAUUGGCCAUGAAACUGGAAUAGAGAUGAAGGAGCAGCAGCAGGAGCGGCUGACCUUCAUCCGUCAAAUGUUUCAUUGUGAUUGCGUUUGUUUGCAUUUCUAUCCUCUAUUCUCCCUAAGAAUCCCUCCUCCCCCUCCUCUAAUAUUACGCUAAAUGUGUAUGUAAUUGUUUAUUUUUUUUUUAUUACCUAAUAUUAUUAUUAUAUUGAUAUAGAAAAUGUUUUCCUUAAGAUGAUGAUGCCUCCUCGACGUUUUCAAAAAACACAAAAAAUCCAAAAUACUUGAAGAGAAAAUUAAAAAAAAAAAAAAAACAAACAAAAAAAAUACAUAAAAAAAUGAAGCAAAAAGUUAAACUAAAGCUAAUUAAAAAAUAAUAUUAUAUAUAUUAUAUAAAGGUUAAAUCAAAAAACAAAAAAUGUAUUGCAUAGUUAUGAGAUGAUGUACAGACAUAUAUAUGUAUGACGUUCAGUAUAUAUGUCGGCAUGCGUGCAGGCCCCGUUUCUAAA